AAAAUAGAAAAACAAGAACCAGUAAAAUAUGGUAUGAUUGAAGGUUUGGUUGAAGUUAUAUUUCGAUAUUAUGCUGAGUUUAGGUUCAGGUCAGGUUGAGCUUAAUAGAACGAGAAGUGGUUAAGGUUCGUUCCAAAAAUGCAGAAGUGAGGUCGAGGUUACGUUCAAGUUAGGUUGAGGUUAGUUUGAGGUUAGCUUGAGAUUAAUAAGUUGAAAAUGCAGAGAUGAGGUCGAGGUUAAGGAUAGAGUUUAGGUUGAGGUCAGUAAAGAUUUAGUAAUUUUCUUUUUCUUUUCAGCAAAAAGUUGUAAUGACUUGUUCAAAUCAGGCAAGACAGCCACCGAGGUUUAUACAAUCGAACCGGACGGCCAGGGAACUUUUCGUGUUCGUUGUGUUAUGGAAACCACUCCAGGGAGGGGCUUGACUAUAUUUCAAAGACGUGUAGAUGGCUCUGAGGACUUUUACAGAGACUGGACUGACUAUAAAACUGGAUUUGGCAAUUUAUCUGGGGGAAUUUUGGUUUGGUUGGUUUGGACAAGAUUCAUCGUCUCUCAGCCAGUGGGCAGAAAGUAUUAA